AUGGCCCAAAAUGUCUCAUCCAAUCGCAGCUCAGGCAAGACCACACCUCUCAAACAGAUGGAAAUCACUCACAACCGGGGCGGAUUGACUCCCUCUCAGAGGGAACACUAUCGGCAACAGGUGUUUGGGAAAAUCUGUGAGGGGAUGCGCUUAUGUCUGGAAUUGAUGAACAAGGAAGACAUCGAGCUAGAAAACGCCGACCUCAUGAAAUUCGUGCCAAUGUUCAACCAUUGCGUCAAUCUCGAGCCACGACAACCCUUUCCACACGAAUAUCUUGAACCUCUCAGUCUCUUGUGUGGCGAUGGUGGCAUUAAGAAAGCAUUGGAUUCGGGAAAUAAUUCGGUUCUGCUUGAAAAUAUGAAAUAUUUCUUUCCUGAAUUAGACCGGUUAUUCCAACCAUCAUAUGUGCCUACAGAUUUAGAUAUUCUACAUUGCGAAGGAAAAACAUGUCAAGGAAAAGCAACUGGGAAAACGGAAACUACGAUGAUAGACCAGUCAAAGUUGAGGAUGAUAGACCGGUCGCAACAAAACCUAUCCGAUCUGUUACUCAUGGAUCAAGCAAUUGAAAUGGCCAAUGAAGCUUUAGUUGCAAAUGAAAUUCCAGUGGGAUGUGUUCUAGUGAGUAAGACGACGGACAAAGUUCUCUCCAAAGGAAGGAAUCGUACCAAUGAGACCAAGAAUGCUUGUUUACAUGCAGAAUUUGAUGCGAUUGGCGGGCUCCAUUCAGUAACUCCAGCAGACAAGAUCGAUUGGAAUGAUGUCAAACUAUAUGUCACCGUCGAGCCUUGUCUAAUGUGUUCGUCUGCGUUAAGACAGAUUGGAAUCAACUUGGUUUAUUUCGGUUGUUCCAAUGACAGGUUUGGUGGUUGUGGUGGGGUGGUCUCGAUUCAUAAUGACCCGAGAUUGAUUCAUAGCCAGCCACUGACUGCACUGGGUGGCUACAGACGUGAGGACGCUAUCAUACUGUUAAGGAAGUUCUACAUAACUGAAAACACAAAUGCCCCAGUUCCAAAGAAAAAAACCAAUCGCGUACUAAAAAUGGAAAUACCUGAUUUGUGACUUAAAACCUUAUUUUAACUUGUAGUAUUUUUGUGUGGAAAGAAAGAAAAGCUCACUGAUGCUGACAUGAUGGUUAGUGUGUUAUGUAUUUGCUACUGUUAUGAUGCUUUUUGGGUAAUAUUUGAGUGACUUUUGUAAAAUGUUAUGAUCAGCCUGAUUUGAGGUGUUUUACUGAUGAACUCCGAGAACAAAAGUUUGAGUUUGG